GUCAAUCAAACAAGAGGAUUGACCCCUCCCCAGUCCAGUGAGGAGAGCAUCAUCACAUGGACUGGAUUCUGAGACUGAAUGGCUGUUGCCUAGCAAGAGAAUAAGGCCUUGUGAGGGUUGUUGGACUUGGGACAGAUGAGUGUGGAUGAAUGGGAGGAGGGAACAGACCCUAACUCACACCUGCCCAAAGGUAUGGGGAUAUUAGACAAGGAGCCAAAUGGAGAACCCUGAGAAGGAAGGAGCCUCUGGAAGGGAAGAUGCACCCCAGAGCUGGCCCUCCUGCCUCUGUCAUGGCCUCAUCAGUUUCCUGGGGUUCUUGCUGCUGCUGGUCACCUUCCCCAUUUCUGGCUGGUUUGCCCUGAAGAUCGUGCCCACCUACGAGCGGAUGAUCGUGUUCCGCCUGGGCCGGAUCCGCACCCCCCAGGGACCUGGCAUGGUGCUGCUCUUGCCCUUCAUUGACUCCUUUCAGAGGGUGGAUCUGAGGACUCGAGCCUUCAGCGUCCCUCCCUGCAAGCUGGCCUCUAAGGAUGGGGCUGUGCUGUCCGUGGGAGCCGAUGUCCAGUUUCGCAUCUGGGACCCGGUGCUGUCGGUGAUGACUGUGAAAGACCUGAACACAGCCACACGCAUGACGGCACAGAACGCCAUGACCAAGGCCCUGCUCAAGAAGCCGCUGCGGGAGAUCCAGAUGGAGAAGCUCAAGAUCAGCGAGCAGCUUCUGCUGGAGAUCAACGAUGUGACCAGGGCCUGGGGGCUGGAGGUGGACCGUGUGGAACUGGCAGUGGAGGCCGUGCUGCAGCCGCCCCAGGACAGCCCAGCCGGGCCCAACCUGGACAGCGCCCUCCAGCAGCUGGCCCUGCACUUCCUGGGAGGAGGCAUGAACUCAGUGGCAGGAGGUACCCCAUCCCCGGGGCCAGCAGACACCAUGGAGAUGGUGAGUGAAGUUGAGCCGCCUGCCCCUCGAGCUGGUUCCGGGCCCAGUCUGAAGCAGCCUGUGGUGGAGGGGCUGCUGACUGCUCUACAGCCCUUCCUGUCUGAGGCCCUGGUCAGCCAAGUCCGGGCCUGCUACCAGUUCAAUGUCGUCCUGCCCAGCGGCACCCAGAGCGCCUACUUCCUAGACCUCACUACAGGACGAGGAAGGGUGGGACACGGGGUGCCCGAUGGCAUCCCUGAUGUGGUGGUGGAGUUGGCUGAGGCAGACCUACAAGCCCUGCUGUGCAGGGAGCUGCGGCCCCUGGGGGCCUACAUGAGUGGACGGCUGAAGGUGACGGGCGACCUGGCCGUGGCCAUGAAGCUGGAGGCUGUGCUCAGGGCCCUGAAGUAGCAGCCUUGGCUGACUUUCCAUAGCCCAGUCCCAAGCCUGGCACCAAGCCCGAGGGGCAUCUUGGAGAUGUUCAUCUGGACCACGGAGAGUUGAGGCCCUCACAAGUUUCAGGCCCAGCCAAGAGCACAGGGAUGGAGGCUGGGAGAAGCUGGAGGCUGGGGGAGGCUGGAGGCUGGGGGAGGCUGAGUCCUGCUGCCCUGCACGUCUGCCCUACAGUGGUUCUCUGGACAAGCCUUUGCCCAUCCUGGUCCCCGGCUGAGUGCCCAGCCCUGAGCUGGGUGCACGGUGUGAUGCCAGGAGGAGAGCCAGACCGCCCUGCCCUGCCCUGCCCUGCCCUGCCCUGCCCUGCCCUGCCAGCUCCCUGACUGGAGAGGCAGGACACACAGAAACAGCCUGACAGCAGCUGGUCUGGUCCUUGUGUGAGGGAUCAAGCACGUGGCCCAGGCUCUAAGCUCUGGGGGAGUUGGAGAGGGAGGGGAACAGGAGGGAAGGCAGUCUCCAAGAAGAGGUCACUGCGGUGGAGUUAUCUGGGGAUCCUGGCCGGCCCACCUUCCUGGCUGCAGUCCAGGCCCAGACUGGUGGGAGCGGGCACAGGAAGGAGAAGAGCCUGCUGUUCCCCUGCCACUGCUCCCAAAGACGUCUGACUCAUAGGCCAGCUCCAUCCUGCAUGCCUGGUGAGCUGGGGUCCAGGGCAGCAUGAAGGAGAGCCCUGCAUUCUGUGCUUCUUACCAGAGGUUUGCAAGCCUCAGACAAAUAAAUGUGGUGUUUACAAUGUA